AGCCCAAGGCCCAAAAGGCCAGAACCCUCUCGUCCUCUUCUCCUCCUGGUGUUCCCCUGCCCCGCCGCGCACCCCUCAUCCCCGCGCCAUGCCGCCGCGGAAGCGCCCGGCGCCGCCGCCGGAAGAGCCCUCCCCUGCCUCGAAACCCACACCUGACGCCAAACCUCCCGAUCCCACCAAUUCGGCCCCGGAUUCCGCGGCGCCGACCAUCUCGGCCGCGGUCCUCGCCAAACUCCCGAGCAUGGAGCGGCAGGUGUACUCCCUCAUCUUCGAGGCGGGCAGCAAGGGCAUGUGGAUGCUCGACGUGCGCAAGCAGCUGGCGAUCAGCCCCAACGUCGCCACCAAGGUCGUGCGCGCCCUCGUGACGCAUAAGCUCGUCAAGGAAGUCAGCGACGUGCGCCACCGCAGCAGGAAGAUCUUCAUGGCCACCGACUUCCAGCCCUCCGACGAGAUCACCGGCGGCACCUGGUACCACGACGGCCGGCUCGACACCGACGCCGUGUCCGCCGUGCGCCGCCGCUGCCAAGCGCAGGUCGAGAAGCUCGGCGCCGCAACCGCGCAGAUGAUCCACAACGGCAUUCUGAAGGACGACCCCAGGGCCGGGUACACCAUCGACAAGAUCAGGGAUAUCCUGAAGACCAUGGUGCUCGACAAGGUGCUCGAGGAGGUCAAGAGCACAGGCGAGGGGGAGUUCGCGGCCGUCAGGAGCGGCCUGAUGUGCUACCGGUUGGCUGGGGCUGCGCAGGGAGGGAUGAUGGAGGGGAUCCCGUGCGGGGUUUGCCCCAGGAUCGAUGAGUGCACGCCGGAAGGGGUCAUUUCGCCAAGAACAUGCGUCUACUACAACAAGUGGUUGCAAAUGGACUUCUAGGCAGUUACCGGUGAGCCCUCAUCUGCUUUGCAUCACGAUGGAGUCCAUUGGAGAAUUCAGAUUCAAAUUUUCCAACUGGGGCUGCUGCUUCACACUCAAGGAUUGGACUGCCAUGAUUCCAUUCCUUCAGUGUGCUUUCUUGUCCAGUUUCAGAUUUCGGUGCUCGCACCAAGAAUCAAAUCUACAGUUAUGUUUGCUCAGGCCUUUUAGCUUGGUAGUGUCUGAUAUGUAUUUAUUUGCACCAUGUUUGGAUCUCUGUUCUAUUUGAAAAUCUCAAAAUCCUAAAUUCUUUGGGAUAAUUGGCAAGCAUUCGAGCUAUUAUAUUCAAGUUA